AUGCCGCCGAUGAUGUCAAACAUUGCGGCUCUAUUUCAAAAUCCAGAGUUUUUCCUUGCUGAUGGCACAAGCGAUGCCUGGAACAUCUGUGCCUGCCCCCAGACAAUCUACUGUCCCCAUAACACUGGCAAAACCGCUAACACGCUGGCACAAGGACGUCAUGAACGUGCGGCCAUAACACAUGCAACUUCCCAGCCGCACAAUGAUUUUCCACGAAGAGAAGAGGUUGCGGUUCAAGUGCAUGGUAAUCCUCCAGUUGUCGCCAAUCAACCGGUGGCACAUCCUCCAGAAAGUCAUUCUGGAACGAACCUUCCCUAUGCAUUAAUUCCGACGCUCAGCCUGCGAGCUGUCGUCGAUAGCAGCUCGACGCCGGCGGCUGAGCAGCGGUUGCCCACGGCUGGGCGGGGCGAUGUUCUACAACGGCGGUCUCUCUCGUCUUUUCACGGUGGCCGGAGGAUGGUGGUGCGUGGAGAUAACGACAGUGGUUCUCACGCUCUCCCGUCGCCGCUGGUUGCUGAUGGACGCGAAAAAGUCGGCGUGGGGCUCGCGGCUGCGGUGAAGGUUGCUCAUAGCUUGAACGCGGAUAGGAGUUUGAUGGCUAGACCGUUGGCUGCUGCUCGGAAUUCCGUCGAUGGGGCUGCUAAUUGA